UUGACGGAUACAGAUACAAAGAAACCAACCACCGUCUAUCUAUCAAAGCUUUAGGACUUCGCAUCUUCUUCUCCUUCGCGUUAACGCCAAUUUCGAGGCAUAUUAAUUAUAUAGUGUGUAUUUUAUAAUACACACUUCUGUACUUUAGAAUUGGAAGUUUUUUUUUUUCUUCUGGGUGACGCAAAGAAAAUAGGGAGGUGAAAAAUCCGUGGAAUUCUGGGAUUGUCCAACAUUUCGUGGUGACCCAGGAUUUCAUGGAUUGAAAGAAUAACCAAAAAAAACUAAUUAUGGGAAAUUAUUUUGAAGAAGAGGAAGAUGAUGAUCAAUUCUUUGAUAGCCGUUCAGUUUAUUCCGAUGAAUGUUGUUCUAGUCCUGAUUUUGGCCAAGUCAACGGUUUUUCAGACAAUUUUGAUCACUACAAGUUCUGGUCUGUGUUCCCAGAAAGUGUUGAUAAUCGUCGCCAUAGGCUCUGGACAUGGAUGGGUCUAAGUUUUGUUCGGAGUUCAUUUACCGGCGAGGAUCCCGGUGGUCCAUGUAGGGAUGCACUCGAAGUCUCACAAGAUAGUGAGGUGGCGUUGAGUACAUUAGCUCUUAAAGAUGGUGUUUUAUCGAACCAGUCCAAUGAUGGUCAAGAACCAGUUGAAAUGUUUUCAAUGCCAAAUCAUUUUACACAUCAAGAUAAGAAUUUGGAUGAUCAAAUGGAAUUAGUUGUGAUAGAGAAGAGUUGUUCAAGUAAAUCCGUUAGUUCUCUAGAGUUCAAGACGUCCCCUAUGCCAUCAUCUCCUCAGCUUGAUCCGCACUUGCGUGGAAAGCUCGAGGGAAGGCCACGAAUUGAUCCACAAAUGAAGGUAAAAAAGAGUUGGUUAAGUAAAUUAGGUGCCAUUGCCCAUGUUGUUGAUAGACAUGUUGAAGUUGGAUCGAAGCAGAGUGAUUAUGAUUCAGUAUUAGGGGAAAGGACGAAAAGAGUUAGAGUUCAUCCAUGUAACAAGCAUUCCAAGGAGUUGUCUUCCCUUUAUUGUGGGCAAGAAUUUUUGGCACACGAAGGGUCCAUCUCAACGAUGAAGUUCAGUCUCGACGGGAAGUUUCUAGCAACUGCAGGUGAAGAUUGUAUGGUUCGUAUAUGGAAGAUCAUCGAGGAUGAGAAUUUAGAUGGAUUCAACAUACAAGACCUCGAUUCUUCGUGUCUCUACUUUAGAAUGAAUCAUCUUUCCCAACUGACUCCUCUCAAUAUGGAUAAAGACCAUAUUGAUAAAAUUAAGAAGUUGGGGAGAUUAUCGGAUUCAACUUGUGUCAUUUUCCCACCCAAGGUCUUCCGAAUUUCCGAGAAGCCGCUGCAUGAAUUUCAGGGACACAGUGGCGAAAUAUUGGCUCUUUCGUGGUCUAAGAAAGGGUUUCUGUUGUCAUCCUCUGUCGAUAAAACCGUUCGUCUAUGGCAAGUUGGAUCCGAUCGAUGCUUGAGGGUUUUUUCUCAUAACAAUUAUGUGACUUCUGUUGCCUUCAACCCUAUGGAUGAUAAUUAUUUCAUAAGCGGCUCGAUUGAUGGAAAAGUUCGUAUUUGGGAAGUUCUUCAUUGUCGAGUUAUUGAUUAUACUGAUGUAAGGGAUAUAGUCACUGCUGUAUGUUAUCGCCCUGACGGAAAGGGAGGAAUUGUUGGCUCGAUGACUGGAAACUGCCGUUUUUAUGAUAUCAUAGGUAAUAGACUUCAAAUCGAUGUGCCGGUAUACUUACAAAGCAAAAAGAAGUUACCUGGAAAAAAGAUAACUGGAUUCGAGUUCUCUCCUUGUGAUCCAAGCAAAGUGAUCAUUACUUCAGCCGAUUCACUUGUCCGUGUCUUGUCUGGAAGAGAUGUUGUAUACAAACUAAAAGCACCUGGAUUUCGGAUUGCAACGAGUCAGAUUUCUGCAACUUUUAGCCAAGACGGGAAACAAAUCAUCUCGGCCAGCGAGGAUUCUAAUGUCUACAUAUGGAAUUACACUAAUCCAGAGAAGAACUGUUCGAAAGCGAAGAACAUUUCGUCUCGCGAGAGUUUCCUCUCCCACAAUGCAUCGAUUGCUAUACCUUGGUGUGGCAUCAAAACCGAUCCCGGAACGCUCAUGUCUUCUGAAUCAAAUGACAAUAUGCGGGAAAACAGCCUUACAAACGGAAAAAAACAAUUAAAUCCCAAGGUGGAGCUAGAACAACUCGCUCCCCUUGCUUCCCCAAAUGGUUUCUCUCUGAAACGUGUUCUGAUGGAGUCUUUAACAAGGGGGUCUGCAACUUGGCCCGAAGAGACACUCCCCAACACGAGUCCGGCCGCAAUUGCCUCCGACUUGUGGAAAUUCGAGUUAAAAGUUCUGAAGAGUGCAUAUCAAAGUAUGUUAAGUUCUCACAAAUGGGGUCUUGUGAUUGUCACUGCAAGCUUUGAUGGACGCAUUCGAACCUACCUCAAUUACGGGUUACCAAUUCGAGUAUAAGAACCUCUCCAUCCCUAAAGAUACAGCAACACAACACAUAUACGAAUAUAGGUAUAACUGUGCGGUCUGGUUUUAAACACAUACAUGUCUUUGAACACUCAUGCAAGCUUUGAUGGACGCAUUCGAACCUACCUCAAUUACGGGUUACCAAUUCGAGUAUAAGAACCUCUCCGUCCCUAAAGAUACAGCAACACAACACAUAUACGAAUAUAGGUAUAACUGUGCCGUCUGGUUUUAAGCACAUGAAUGUCUUUGAACACUCAUUUUCGAAUUCGAGUAACAUAUAAUAGGUUAAAAUGGGUCUUCAACCGCAUGUAGGCCUUAAGCCCUUGACCCGUAAUAGAUUUUUGUUUAUGGAUCACACUAUAUAGAUGUCAAUCUAUAUACUGAUUCUUUGAUUUGUUUCGUCAGCUCUAAAUUAUAUGUUAAUAGAGGUCCUAUUUUGUAUGUAUAUAAAUUAUAAUUAGUUUUGUU